AUGCUGACCCAAGAAGAGCUGGACCACAUCGCGUACAUUCAAAGACUGGCAGAGGAGACAUCAGUCGCACCACCUCCUCGCCCAGCCCCUCCAUCAGUAGACUUGAGAAAGGACUCGUUCGCAAAGGAAGAAUCAAGAGAUGAGUCCGAAGCCACAUCAGGUGCUGACCAAGUCGAGGCGUCUGAUGCUGGCUCGCCGGUUCCUUUAUAUGAGCGAACUUCACCAUUGUUGGAGGAAGAAGAGAAACCUGUUACGACAACAUCAUUCGUGCCAUCCGAGCCGAUGCUGACCCAAGAAGAGCUCGACCACAUCGCGUACAUUCAAAGACUGGCAGAGGAGACAUCAGUCGCACCACCUCCUCGCCCAGCCCCUCCAGACUUGAGAAAGGACUCGUUCGCAAAGGAAGAAUCAAGAGAUGAGUCCGAAGCCACAUCAGGUGCUGACCAAGUCGAGGCGUCUGAUGCUGGCUCGCCGGUUCCUUUAUAUGAGCGAACUUCACCAUUGUUGGAGGAAGAAGAGAAACCUGUUACGACAACAUUCGAUCAAGUAGACCAUGACGAAGCAGUUCAGCCAGGAUUACCAUCCAGACCACCACUGCCGUCAUGGGCGACGGAUGAGGACGAAAUCGCCGUCAAGGCAGCAGAGAUACCAUCCGAGCCGAUGCUGACCCAAGAAGAGCUGGACCACAUCGCGUACAUUCAAAGACUGGCAGAGGAGACAUCAGUCGCACCACCUCCUCGCCCAGCCCUCCUCAGUAGACUUGAGAAAGGACUCGUUCGCAAAGGAAGAAUCAAGAGAUGA